ACUUGUGACUGUGAGGAGUUGAUUAAAGACACAAAAACUGUAGUGGAUCCUCCUUCCCCUGUUCUGUCAUGUUCUCCUGGCUGCCAUGUGUUCUCAGGGAUCCUUUCAAGCUGCUGAAUCUGCAUUUUGUACUUGACUGGAAGAACAAGGCAAAUAUUUCUGGUGUUAAGCCUGUGCAGCUCCUGAGGAUACAGGUGUAGCUGCCCCUGGAAGUGCCCCACGAUGGCUCCUUGGAGUGCACAGCAGACAACAGCCUUUCUUAUCUCAAAGGAAAUAUUGCAGCCACCAGGUGCCCUCUGAGCCUGAGUAAAAGUUCCUCGUAAUUUUCGUCUUUUGGAAGAACUUGAAGAAGGUCAGAAGGGAGUAGGGGAUGGAACAGUUAGCUGGGGCCUUGAAGAUGAUGAAGAUAUGACACUUACAAGAUGGACAGGAAUGAUUAUUGGGCCUCCAAGAACAAUUUAUGAAAACAGAAUAUACAGCCUUAAAAUAGAAUGCGGGCCUAAGUAUCCAGAAGCACCUCCAUUUGUAAGAUUUGUAACAAAAAUUAAUAUGAAUGGAGUAAAUAGUUCUAAUGGAGUGGUGGACCCCAGAGCCAUAUCAGUCCUAGCAAAAUGGCAGAAUUCUUAUAGUAUCAAAGUUGUUCUGCAAGAGCUUCGGCGUCUAAUGAUGUCUAAAGAAAAUAUGAAACUUCCUCAGCCACCUGAAGGACAAUGUUACAGCAAUUAAUUAAAAAAAAACAAAAAAACAAAAAAACAAAAACCAACAUGCCCCCCUUAUUCAAUUUAAGCUGUCUUCAUUUUCCACAGUAGUAAAUUUUCUAGAUGCAUCUUGUAGACCUCAAAAUACUGGAAAGGAAGUUCCCAUUCAAAGGAGGUUUUUCUUGAGAUACUGUAAAUGAUACUAAUUUUUUUUUCAUUUGAAAUAUAAGUUGUGCUAUAACAAAUAAUCCUGUCGUGUAACCACUGUCCACAUAGCUGAACUUCUGGUAUCAGGAAAAGUCUAUUUAAAUUUAUUACUGUCAAGACCAGUGUGGCACAUCCAACUUAACUGUGAAAGGAUCCAUCCCACAAUCACCUUGCUGUGUGUCUGGCCUGGGUUAUUUUUUUCUUUCUCUGUCUUUUGCAAUAGAGUCGAAGCUCAGGGCUAUUUAUUAGAGUAGACACAAAGGUUUUUGCUUCCAGUGCUACACUGGGCUGUAUGGACUACUACUGGGGAUGUGUGCUAACCUCAGUCAUCCCUCCCUUUGUGCUCGCUCUAGUAAAGGCUGAAUGUGACUGUGGUCGUUUUUGGGGUUUUAUUAUUUUUUUUUAAAAUGCCCUGAUAAUCUGGGGCAAGCUUUCCUUCUUUCCUUUGGCCAAGGCAUAGAUUGUAUUUCUCUUCCUGGUCCCCCUCACCAGUGACGUGGGCUUUGGGUGAGGGAUUCAGGGUUCUUUUAAUCUCUUCCCUCUUCCCCUCUUUUUAGUGGGGGUGCUGCUUUCUUUUUGCCCCUUUUGGUGACUCUUCUCGCCCCUGGCCCAGGGGUAAGUGUUGGGGCAAUAACUUGACCUGUUCCCUCUUGCUUAUCAUUUUGGUUUUGCAACAAAUUUAGUCUUCACCAGCCUGGAAAACAAGAGUAUCUGUUCUGCUCGCAAACUUGGAUUUUCCCUUCCCUCCAGCACUGCUGCCACUCCGCCAAGCUGGCCACGGCCGUGUUGUUAGAUAGGCUUUGACGUGGGGAAAAGAGCAGUAAUUUACCAGGAUUGCCCAAAUCUUCUGCUGCCAAACUUGAAUGGGGGAAACUCUGCACGUAAGAGAUUCUGAACACACUCCAGCCACACUCAAAUCGUUGUGUUUUGGUGCUUUGGAUUGACCCAAGAAUGUUAAUUAACAAAUUGUUGCACUUGCGUUUGGCCCUUCUAAAGAUGUGACAACUACAGACAAAUCAAAUCCGUGUGGUAGAUUUUAUUAGUAUUCUGUAAGUCUUAGAAAUCUCUUCAGUGAAGAUUUUGGGGAAGUGUUGUACAGCAGAUUAAGGACCUUUACUGGCUUUGCAUCCUGGCAAAUCACUGCCUUUUCUGGUUUACUGUUUUGGACCACUAACUGCUGCAAUGUGGAUGCAAGCUUACAGAAACCAACCUAGUGUGUCCUAAGUUUUAUGAAAAAUUCAGUGUUUGUGUAAAAAAAAGAAUAAAAAAAAAAGGAAAAAAAGAAAAGAGUAAAAAUAAACACAUUUUAAAGCAGCAGCUGUCAAGUCAAUGAACAAUUGAUGUUUCCAUUAACUUUUGAGGAAAAUAUUAGUUGUAAGGAUUUAACAUCCUCUGUACUGAAAGUUUAACAUAACAGUAUUCCAUAAGCAGCCUUUUUAUUGUAUCAGACCAUUGCCUGAUUUUAAUAUAAUAAAAAGUGUGCAUUAAUAUUAGAAGGCUUUAAUUGUAUUUAUGUUUAGAAAUUCUGAUCCCUUAUGGAAUUCUUGAUUUGUUGGAAGUAUCUUCCUACAGAUCACGUUUAGCUGACAGAAUGUAACCUGGUGGUGAAAGGCAAUUGUCUCUGUCCAGCUGCUGCUGCUGUGCCAAGGAGCAUCUGUACUUUUGGUUUAAACCUCAGGCUGCCCCAGCCUUGGCAGUUGGUAGGGUCAGGAUGUGCCAAGGAGCUGCCAAAGGGAGUUCCUGGCUCCGUGUGCUGUCAGUGCCGUGGCCUUGCUGUGCUGUUGUCUCCAGGAAAUCAAAUCCUCUGCAGUUUCAUGUUAUGCUGUCUGUCAAGGUCAAGGGCAAUUUCACAACCUGAAGUUUUAAGUGGUUUCACUCAAAUAGCAAAGUGCAACAAGCUGAGCUUCUCUCCAAAUCUGGGUGAAAACGGAGCUGUGAAAUUUUGACCUUUUCCAAGUGUAAAGUGUCUCCAUUUCAGAGGAUUUGCUGGAAGGUCCUGGUGCACUCACUGCAGUGUUGGGGUGAAACAAGGUUCUGCCUGGGUUGGGAAUGAAAAAGGGAAUGAUCUUUGUGAAACUUUGUGAAACUCGCUGCUGGUUUCUGGCCUGGAGUGAACACUGUUCCCUUCUGGGGCAACCCAGAGGGUGUCUGUGAAGACAAUGUGACUAAUA